CUCUGAUACACCGGCUGAACAGUUGAGCUUUACAAGGUUGGAACAUGGGGAUAUGUUAACAUUGAUAUUUAUGUGUGAAUCAAACAGGUUUUUCACUUCUCCUGCAUCAUGUUGCAUUUGUGGGUCACCACUUUCACUCUACUCCUUGUUGGCAUCUGCUUGUUUGCCCAGUGUGACUAUUGUCUCGGCCUCUUAAAUGUGCUCUGCUCUCUGCUGGCCUCUUUUGUCCUGAAGCUGCUUCUGGCAUGUCUUCUGGCUCUCGGGAUACUGGCACCUUUUGAUCUCCUAGAUGCUUACCCCUGCUUCAAAUGGAUGUCCAGCGAAGUUCAAAAGGUUCCAGUGGUUGAGCAAGUACAGAAAUCUGAGAAGAGAAAGCACAGAUCCCCCCAGCUGACCUUGACCACACUGCAGAGGCUGGCAGAGACAUUCGAAGUGCACUUGAGUUCUGAGGUGCUACAAGAAGCUGACUUUGAGCACGCUGAGGCCCACACCAAGACCCUAUGGGGUGUCCAUCAACUGCUGAACAAGACACUGUUGCUGUUGCCAGCACUUACAUUAGUACAGCUGAAUGCUGGGAAUGACCAGGAGUUCUGGAUGCUCACUGAUCGAUUUGAGCAUAUCAAGUCUUAUCUGGAGCUGAGGCUGGCUCUGCUGAAUGCCCUACUUGCCAAGUUAAAAGACUUUAUGAAUUCAGUCAGAGAUGCCACACUAUGGCUCAAUGAAAUGCUGGCUUUACUGGAAGUACUUCACUGCAGGCUGAGGGACAGUAGUGAGAGUGAAGUGGCCAGCAGGAUCCUUUGCCAGCAACAGUCCAUACAAGAAGAGAUAGUUGAUGGCAAAAGGAGACUUGAUCAAUGUACCCGUCUUUUCUCUGAGAGCCAGGACCUUCUGAUGGAGCUGCACCAGUGGUUCAAGAAGUUCAGACUGCAUGUGGGCACGAGGGUACAACAUUCCAGUCCUUUCUGGACACAGGUGUUACUCUCCUCGACCACUGAACAGCUUGCAGAUGUGCAUCAGAGCUUCUACAAUAUUCAGCAUCUGACAGACUGCUUUUGGGUCCACUUGCACGGUCUGCCAGAAUUGCAUCAGAAGCCUCGCAACGGGGUGCAUUCACUUUUCGUAUGGAACUCCCCGAAGACCAGUUGGGGGAGGUAGGAAGAAGUCACCCACGCUUUGUGGUUGAAACUGGACAUUAUUAGUGAUCUGUCCUUGUGUUUUACAUGACUCACACUCCCCUGGCCCCACUUGACAUCACUGCUUCAUUAGACAAGAGGCUAAGAAGCAGGAAUUGACAAUGUCAAUCACACUUCAGCCUAAGCUACCUGAAUGUCAUCAGCUGCACCAAUGCAAUGUAUGCUUGGUCUGAAAAUGACACCAUCUUUCACAGCCCUGACUUUCAGCAGACUUGAGAGUCAGAUGCCUCUGAUGUCAGAGGAGUGCAAUUUUUUUCUGGGUCCUUGGAUAACCCAGAAGGUUAUAUUUGUAAAUAUAGAAACUAUUGUUUUCUGCGUUCAAAAUAUAUUGGGGUGAAAAAUAUUUAUUAUGGCAGGUGCUGUAUAACAUAAUUUGUUGCAUGUACCUAGUAUGACCUGUUAUAUAACAAGUAGUUCUCAAGUUCAGUCCUUAGUCUCUGUGGAAGAAAUUUUUUGUUCCUACUCAGGAGAUACCAAUACCAGAAUUUUAGUAUUCAGUAUCAAUACUGGUAAAAUUUCACAACACUCAAUUCCUAUUCAAUACCAUAAUAAAAUAGUAAUCAGAUUCAUUCAUUCAUUCAUUUUUCACUGCUUAUCCAAGACCGGGUCAAGGAGGUAACAGUCUCAGCAGUGAGGCCCAUACAUCUCUUUCCCAGGCCACACUUGCCAGCACAUACUAUGGGAUCCCAAGGUGGUCUCAGACCAUGUGGGAGAUAUAAUCCUUUCACCAUGCCCUGGGUCUUCCCCCAGAGUAUCCUUUCAGGUGGUCAUCUGGGAGGGCAUCUGUAUCAGUUGCCUGAAUCGCCACAAUUGAAUCUUCUCAAUGCGGAGGGCCAGCAGCACUUACUCCGAGGCUCUUCUGGAUGUGUAGGCAUUUUACCCUAACUCUGUCUUUAAGCCACUCUGUGGAGAAAGUUAAUUUUGGCCACUUAUAACUACCAUCUUGUUCUUUCGUUCAUUACCCAGUGCUCAUGGCCAUAGGUGAGGGUAAGGACGUAAAUCAAGUGCCAUAUCAGGGUGGAGUAGUGACUCUGAGGCGAAGGAUCUGUGCUGGUAUCCCAAAGGUUGCAGGUUCAAAUCCCCGAUCUCUGCCAAAAGAGAUGCUACUCUGCUGGGCCCUUGAGCAAGGCCCUUAACCUUCAGUUGCUCCAGGGGCGCUGUACAAUGGCUGACCCUGUGCUCUGACCCCAAGGGGUAUGCGAAAAAACCAAGUAAUUUCCUUCGGGAUUAAUAAAAUAUAAUAAAAUAUAUAUAUCAAAAGAAAUCCCAUUCAGCUGCUCUUAUUAAAAGUACCUCCAUUAUUAAAGUGAGCAAUAUUGUGCCUUUUUUGUAAUGGAAUAUAAAAAAUAUAUAACUACUAAUACAUUUUCAUACUUGUCUGAUGCCUUUAUCCAAGGUGACUUGCAACAUCUGAGAUGCAAUUGGUAACAUUACUUUUGUUUUUCUAUUUAGAGCAAAGACUGGUAAAGUGACCUGCUCAUGGUCCUACAGUGGCAGUAGCUGGAUUUGAACCCACAGCCUCAGGGUUUGAAAUCCAAAGCUUUAACCACCACGCCACACACUGUCAACCGCAGCUUUAAAAUACUGGCAUACCCAUCAAGUAGUUACCCAACUAUCAUCAUUUAAGCAAACUAGGGUUGGCUUUCAUAAAUAUCCAGUUACAAUGCAGAGAGAGAAAUUUAAUGUACAAUAGCCAUGGGGAUUCCCCCCAGUGUAACAACAAAUGGGGCAAAUUUUAUUAUCUUGGGGGGAUUUCAGCUAUAUCAUCACCACUGGAAGCCAUUUUUUGUAUGUCAUUUUUAUCAUGCUUUUCUCACGUAUUACCAUGCCUUCUGGAGUAGUUUCGUCUGCAAGCAGUCAGGCAUGACUGCGGUACCAUUUGGUAUUAACUGAUACUCUACAAAACAGUACUGUUAUGUAUUUACUUUCUCAUAUAUGCAGUAUAAGGAAAGUAUUGUAAUCAUCCGAGAGUUUUAGACCUCCCUGAGUCCGAUUUACUUUCUCGUAGGGAAAGUAUUGUAAUUGUCCAAAAAUCUGAUUUUGAUGAAUCUCAACGUUUUAGAUCUCCCUGACUUUUUUGUAUACAAAGUAUUGGAAUCCUCUGAAAAUUCCAUUUCAAGAUUCCGAUGAAUCUCAACGUUUUAGAGCUCCCUGAGUCCGAAAAUUAAAUUUUUGAAAUUAUGUCUGUGUUGUACUAAGAUCCAGGCCUUUAAUGACCUCUUGGGCACAGCCGUGUGUUUGUGGAGAGAGUGUCCACCUCAUCGAGAGGUUUACUUACCUUGGCAGUGACAUAUUAUUAUUAUUAUUAUUCAUGUCUCAGGUGACUCUUUCUGUGAAGUCAGUAGAUGGAUUGGGAGAGCAUUGGGGUGUCAUUAGGUCGCUGGAAAAGGGAGUGUGGCACUCCCAAUAUCUAUGCAAUAGGAUGAAGGUCCAAGACUUUAGAGUCCUAGUGCUUCCUGUCUUACUAUAUGGUUGUGAGACAUGGAUUAUCCAGUGACCUGAGACGAAGACUGGACUCCUUCAGUACUGUUGUCUCUCCGGAAAAAUCCUCCGGUACCGUUGGUUUGACUUUGUGUCGAAUGAGCGGUUACUCAUGGAGUCCCGAAUGAGGCACAUUACUUGCAUUGUGAGGGAGCGUCAGUUACGGCACUACGGCCAUGUGGCGCGUUUCCCCGAGGGUGAUCCGGCUAAUAAGAUCCUCAUUUUUGGGGACCCAAGUGGCUGGACCAGGCCCAGGGGUCGCCCACGUAACACCUGGCUGCGGCAGAUAGAGGAUCAUUUCCGGAGGGCAGGACUGGACCGCGUGUCUGCCUGGGGGGUUGCCAACUGGGAUCCCAAGCUGUUUCGAUGUGUAGUGGGUGCAGAAAUGUGCUGUACCAGUGCAUGCUCCCCAACUUGACUUGACUUGAUGUGCGUGUGAAAACACGAUAACUUGAGUACGCUUUCACUAAGGUCAAUCAAAUUUUGUAUACAAAUAUUCGGUACAAAACCUAGAUUUCUAUCAACUUUUGAGCUAUUUCCACUAACCCUGAAGUGGUACUUUUUUAUUCAUGCAGCUGCAGAGUCCGAUUUAUUCAACUUUACUUUUAUAAUAGAUAGAUACUUUAUUAAUCCCAAUGGGAAAUUCACAUUCUUCAGCAGCAGCAUACUGAUACAAUAAAUAAUAUUAAAUUAAAGAAUGAUAAUAAUGCAGGUGAAAAACAGACAAUAACUAUGUAUAAUGUUAAGUGUUAACGUUUACCACCCUGGGUGGAAUUAAAGAGUCGCAUAGUUUGGGGGAGGAACGAUCUCCUCAGUCUGUCAGUGGAGCAGGACAGUGACAGCAGUCUGUCGCUGAAGCUGCUCCUCUGUCUGGAGAUGACACUGUUUAGUGGAUGCAGUGGAUUCUCCAUGAUUGAUAGGAGUCUGCUGAGCGCCCGUCGCUCUGCCACAGAUGUUAAACUGUCCAGCUCCAUGCCAACAAUAAAGCCUGCCUUCCUCACCAGUUUGUCCAGGCGUGAGGCGUCUUUCCUCUUAAAGCUGCCUCCCCAGCACACCACUGCGUAGAAGAGGGCGCUCGCCACAACCGUCUGAUAGAACAUCUGCAGCAUCUUAUUGCAGAUGUUGAAGGACGCCUUAUAAUAAUUGUUCAAUAUACUGUAUUACUAAUUUGAUUUGUUGUUGAUAAUUCUUUAAUGUACGGAAUAUAAAAAAAUAAUAUAAUUAUUGUGUUGCGGUUUACUCCUCAAAUAUCUAUUCCCAUAUCAGAGUAUACGAUAUAGUCGAGACCACCCCCAAUUUUUGGAAUGUUGGUAUUGGCUGGUACCAAAUGUACUGGAUCUUUUGAUCUCCCUAGUUCCAGCUAAUUUCCCAAUUACUGAUCCCUCUAAAUUGAUCUUACUGUUUGUUUAGCUGUUUUUUUCUUUACAUAGUGUAGUGUUAUGACGUUUACAUUUAUGAUAAGAAAUAUUAAGAAAUUAAUAUUAAGUAUCUUUAAACAUGUUAGGUGUAUUGGACAUCCUAAAUUGACCGUAGUGUGUGCUUGUGUGUUUACCCUACGAUGGACUGGCACCCUGUCCAGGGUUUGUUUCUUGCCUUGUGCCCUGUGCUCACUGAGACAGACCCCCACAACCCUGUUGAGGACUAAUAGGUUAGACAAUGACUGACUGUUCUCUUUUUUUUUUUUAUUUACUUAUUUUUUUCCAAUUUGUUAUCUUAAUUGUGUCUGAAUACUGAAAAUGCAUGAUAAGCAAAUUAGAUAUACAGUAUGUGGCAACAACAAUGGAUGCUGAAAGGUGCCAAUUUAUGUGUUGAUUGUGAAUUUCCCAUUGGGAUUAAUAAAGUAUCUAUCUAUCUAUCUAUCUAUCUAUCUAUCUAUCUAUCUAUCUAUCUAUCUAUCUAUCUAUCU